AUGUUCGCGGUCUGGUUUAGAGGACCUGGGUUCGGGCUCCUAAAUUUACAACCUAAUAAGCGACAGUCACGAUGGUCCAUGCCAUCAAAGUCUCAAAUCAUCUUCACAUUUCUUGCCGCGGCAUGGCCACUUUUCGUCAUUUCAGCGGAAGAAAGCUCAAAAAUUGCUACGGGCACUGUUUGUCCCAUUGGAUGGGGGCGUUUUGUCGCAUUCACGCAGCUUCUCAGAUGCCUAAUCGAUGCCGUGAUCAUAAGUCAUACAUCUCACCUAGCACGUACAACGGUAGAAGAUGGAGUCGACAUCUCCGAAUUCAUGGGUAAGCUUUCGCUUGUCGCAGCAGGGAGCAUUCUGCUGCUCUCAUUCCCAUCUUGGCUUUCAGAUUCGGAGUUUAUCAUGGCAUUUCGCUUUCGAGCUCUCGAUAGUGCGGAUUUUGCUGGCGACGGGUUCUUCGCUACGAUUGGUGUGCUCUCCGGCUUAGCACUGGUACCGUCUUUGCACUCAUCAUGCCUCGCUCUUCUUAUAAUCACUGCCACAUUUAUGGGUUUACAGAUACCUGUACAGAAGGCUAUUCCACUUCUGUCUCCGUUGUCAUAUGGAGAACUUGCGAAGCAUACAAGUCUUGCAGUCGUCCUAGCGGUACCUCUGUGGUACCUUACCAUCACCAUUCACCAUACUGGAGACUCCAAUGUGUCAAGAAACAUCCGCAAGUGCUUCAUCAUUUCCGGUAGUGGAUUUGCAGUCAUAGCAUUGGUGGUGGUAUCCCGACUGCUCUUCUUCGGAUCUCCAACUACGGUUCUAAUCGAUACUGCCAUCAAGUCCCUCGUAUCAGAAGCAUCUGCGGAGUCAUUUGCGUGGGAAUCACAAGCCGCAGCUAGUAAAUUACUGGUCGAUGCUGUGAAUGAGUACACCAAAAGGUACACGAUCCUACCUCCACCAAAUUUCGACAAAUGGUACGAAUUUGCAAAGGAGCACCACUCUGCUGUCAUUGAUGACUUUGACCAGAUCAACAAUGACUUACUUCCUUUUUGGUCGUUGCAUCCUGCACAUAUACGUGAUCAGACUAUAAAGCUGUUUGCCUACGGGAGCUCAGAGAUGGGCGGCAUGCGCAUUAGGAAUGGUUUGGUAGAACAGUCACCAUAUAUACCAGGAUCACAUCGUUGGAUGACGGAAUCAUUUCAGAGGAUGAUUGAGCCUUUUGCCAAGUGGUUACCAGACAUGGAUAUAGCCGUCAAUCUGGCCGAUGAGUGUCGUAUGGUAUUACCAUCUGAUCAUAUGGAGUGGCUUAAGUUCAAUGCACGAGAGAAGAAGAGAAAGAUUUCCGGUAAAGGGGGACAGAAUACCUGGCCUAACAGCACGUACUCGCAAUCUCCUUGGCCUAAAGACUUCCCUGAGCCUCUGCCUAGGGCUACGGAUGGUAAAAAGGAUGCCAUUGACCCCUCCUUUACGAAUUACAUCCGCAGGCCAAUGUUUUACGACUUCGUUGCUGCUUCAUGUCCGCGAAGGUCUGCCGUGCAGAAUAGUCGUUGGUGGGACUGGGGCAAUACUUGUGUUGACUGCCUCAAGCCACAUUCGCUACUCACAAGCAGUGGUGCGAUACUAGCAAAUGUAUCUCUUGCUCAUGAUCUUUGUCAUCAGCCAGACGUCGCAUAUUUAGAUGGAUUUCUCAAUUCGCCAUCUGCCAUGGUAGGCACAAAUCUCUUCUUUCCCAUCUUCAGCCAGGCCCGCGUCGGCGGUUUCUCAGAUAUUCUAAUUCCGUCGCCGUGGAAUUUCGACGACAAAAGUGCCUUCAAGGAGGACAAUGGCGUGGCAUGGGAGGAUAAAGUGAACAGCUUAUUCUGGCGCGGAUCGCGAUCAGAUGGAUUCUCUGCUCAUCAACGAUGGCCUGGAUUUCUGCGGCCGCGUUUUGUACAUGAGGCUUAUGAAAAGACUAUGGCUUUGCAAUCGUCGGAUAUUGAAACUCCAGUGCACAUUAAUGUCUCUUUUACUGGAGAGAUAUCCAAAUGCGAUGGGAUGGAUUGUGCUGUUGAGUUGGAAAAUUACAAGCCAUGGGGUCUUGCCACAAUAAGCAACGCUUCAUCUGCCGACAAGGAAGCAAACGAGCUUCCUCCUAGCGUCCCGUUUGAAGAGCAUUGGAAAUUCCGGCACUUGAUGGACAUGGAUGGUGCGGGAUUUAGCGGUCGCUUUCUGCCGUUCCUGGAGAGCCGUAGUUUGCCCUAUCGUGCCGCGCUCUUUCGAACUUGGUACGAUGAGAGACUCCAAGCUUGGCAUCACUACAUUCCUGUGGACAUUAGGUUUGGCUCAGGAUUUUGGUCCGUUGUGGAGUUCUUCAGUGGGGGUACUAAUGACAAAGAUGGCGAGGGACCUGGGAUGGCUAAGAAAAUUGCAGAGCAAGGGAGAGAUUGGACGCAAAAGGCGCUGAGAAAAGAGGAUAUGCAAAUAUACAUGUUUCGAUUGCUGUUGGAGUGGGGAAGAAUUACAGAUGAUGACAGAGACGACUUAGGGUUUUCAAUAUAG